CCUCAGUUCUCAGUCCGUCUUGUCCGGUCCGGUCGCCAGUCCUCUCCGGUCCUCGCCCGAGUCCGGUCUGACACGGUCCGCGAUCGCGUCGUGUCCCUUUGAAUUUCGCGCGCUUUUCCCGACCCCCCAUGAGUCCCUCUCCGCCCCUGCGCCCUGUGUCUUCGCCUUUCGUCUAUGACUCACGAUGAAUCAGCCUGCGUUCUCGUUAGUUUCCCGGUUUGAAAUCUCUUCCAUUUCUCCGAACUCGAACGAAAACCUGUUGAAAAUGGGAAAGUCCGGUAAAAGUUGAUAUAAACUGAACAUUCGAAUAAAAUCGAAUCAAACUAGAUCAAUUUAAUUAAAAUAUGUUUCAAUUGUGUCAUCGACGCCAGUCGAAAUUCCUCCAAUGCAUCUCAUUAGUACUUCUACUCUCGGAGUUAAGCUUUCAAUUUGGGGCAGCGCAGAAUCCUCAAAUAGACAAAAAUCAGCCCACACCAGUCGGAGGGCCAAAUGUAUGCCGAUCUCGUACUCGUAACUAUUGUUGUCCCGGAUGGUCUCUCAAACGCGCCACUGGCCUUUGUAUUAUACCGUUGUGUUCAAGGCAAUGUGGCAAUGGGACGUGUGUCAAGCCAAAUAUUUGUAUGUGUCAGAAUGGAAAUAUUGGAAUCAGUUGCUCUGCUGAUUUUAAUAGCCUACAUGCUGGUAAUGAAACAAAAGUCGGAUUUCUUGACUCGCACACAAAAAAUGGAAAGAACAGUUGCCCAUACCCUUGUUUGAAUGGCGGAACCUGUGCCGGCACCAAGUGUGUGUGCAAACCUGGCUACUCAGGAGAAAUCUGUUCGGAGCCAAUUUGCAAAGAGCCGUGUUUAAAUAAUGGGAGAUGUAUUGGUCCGGAUAGAUGUGCGUGUGUCUACGGAUAUGCUGGAAAGACAUGUGAAGCAGAUUAUCGAACAGGACCUUGUUUCACUCAAAUUGAAAACACGAUGUGCCAAGGACAGCUUGAAGGGGUUAUUUGCACAAAACAGCUCUGUUGUGCGACCAUUGGAAAAGCUUGGGGUCAUCCAUGUGAAGCAUGUCCACAGCAUUUGGAUUGUGAAGAGGGUUUUCUUAAAAACAUCCAUUCUGGUCAAUGUGUAGAAAUUGAUGAGUGCGAAGCAGUUCCUGGCCUCUGUAAAGGAGGAACGUGUGUUAAUACUGUCGGAUCAUUCAAGUGUGAAUGCCCAAGUGGGAAAACUCGAAAUCCUGAAACUAAUUCUUGCGAUGAUCUAAAUGAAUGCGAAGAAUACGAAAAUAUUUGCCAAGAUGGAACUUGCGUAAAUACUGACGACUCAUAUUAUUGCCAAUGUAAUCCUGGUUUCAUCUCCACCCCAGAUCGGAAACACUGUCUAGAUUCAAAACAAGGAAAUUGCUACACUUCAGUGAAAAAUGGUGUUUAUGAAAAUAAAAUGAAAAUAAAAUUAUCACGCAAGGAUUGCUGCUGCGGAGGAAGUUCUGACAGAGCCUGGGGAGAUGAUUUUGAUCCAUGUCCCAACCCUGGAGAGAGUGACCAUACUAAACUCUGCCUGGGUGGAACCAAAGGAAUCGUAUCAAGUUCAAUUACUGUGGUCAACGAAUGCGUGCUUCAACCUACCAUUUGCGGGGGUGGGCGAUGCAUCGAUACUUCCGAUGGUUAUGAGUGUGAAUGCUAUCCUGGUUACCAAAAAUCAAAAUCAUCCUCCGGGCUGUCACAAGUGUGUGAAGAUGUUGAUGAAUGCAAACAAAACUUCUGCGUUGGAGGACAUUGUGAAAAUUUACCUGGGAGUUUUACGUGUUCUUGUCCCCCUGGAUUUGAUGUUUCAUCAGAUGGAAAAACUUGCAUAGAUCAUGAUGAAUGUCGUGAAACUGGAAUGUGCGCCAAUGGUUUAUGCAUCAACAUGGAUGGAUCAUUCAAAUGUCAAUGUAAAAAUGGAUAUGUUUUGUCCACAUCUGGACACGCUUGCAGCGACGUUGAUGAAUGCUACGAGAACCCACGAAUAUGUUUAAAUGGACAUUGUUACAACACUCCUGGCUCAUACCGUUGUCACUGUCAACCUGGAUUUACAACAGCGCUUGAUGGUGCUUUUUGUGUGGAUAUCAAUGAAUGCACAGCUGGAAACAAUAUCUGCCAUAAUGGAAAAUGCGUCAAUACUGAUGGAUCUUUUAAGUGUGUCUGCGAUUCUGGUUAUCGAUUGGACUACGAUAGAAAAAUAUGCAUAGAUAUUGAUGAAUGUGUCAAUAACCCGUGUCAAGCCGGAAAAUGUAUCAACACUCCUGGCUCAUUCCAGUGUGAAUGCAGAGCUGGUUUUCAUCUUGGGCCUGACGGAAGAUCUUGUCAAGAUACGAUGAAAGAUUUGUGUUAUGCAAAAUACCAAGGCGGGCAGUGCACGAAUGCAUUUCCUUCUGCUACCACCAAAUCCAGCUGCUGCUGCUCUUUAGGCACGCCUGGACAAAUCAGUGCUUGGGGCACUCUGUGCAUGCCCUGUCCUAACCCCAACUCUCCAGAAUUUCAGAUGCUGUGUCCUCAUGGAUCUGGAAUGACGUAUAAUGGAGAUGACAUCAAUGAAUGUGCUCAGAACCCAACAAUUUGUCAAAAUGGAGCUUGUGAAAAUCUUAUGGGUACCUAUCGCUGCAUCUGUAAUGCUGGUUAUGAGAUCGAUGACACUGGACGGUCCUGCCGAGAUAUUGACGAGUGUGCUCAUGAACUUGUUUGCACUGGUGGACAAUGUCGGAACACGCCUGGCAGUUUUCAGUGUGUUUGUCCAAGUGGAACGCGGCUGAACAGUGUCACUCAAGUCUGUGAGGACAUCGAUGAAUGUGAAGAGUUGGGGCCAGAGGCCUGCAUCAAUGGAGAAUGUGUAAAUACGGUCGGAUCUUACGAAUGUGAAUGUCUUCCGGGAACAGUUGUCGACAACACUGGCCAUAUUUGCAUUGAUAAUCAACGUGGCACAUGUUGGGCACGGGUAACAAAUGGCCGUUGUGAAAAUAAUUUACCAAGACUAACACUCAAAUCAGAAUGUUGUUGCUCCAUUGGUGUAGCUUGGGGAAGCCCUUGUGAAACAUGCGACACCAGCACCUGUGACUGUCCAAAAGGAUUUGCCAAAGUAGAUGGCAAAAGUUGCACGGAUGUGAAUGAGUGUGAACUGAGUGCAGGCGUUUGUCGUGGAGGUGGCACUUGCCUCAAUACUGAAGGAUCAUUUACAUGUGUGUGUCCUCCUGGAUUGACUUUGGAUCCUACCGGAACAUUGUGCUUGGAUAAAAGAAUAGAAACUUGUUUUGUUGAGUUCAAACAAGGAGUUGGACACAAUGCUAUUGAUGGCUUGUUUUCUCGUAGCCUUUGCUGCUGCUCAUCAGUUGGACGAGCGUGGGGAGGAACCGCAAGAGAAUUCUCCGCUCAAUGUGAAGCUUGUCCUCGGCCUGGAACAGCAGCACACCUUGAUCUUUGCCCCAAGGGUCCUGGUUUCCUGGACAGGAAAGACAUCAAUGAAUGUGUGGAAUUUCCUGGAAUUUGUGCAAACGGCCGCUGUAAAAAUACUGUCGGUGGUUUCACAUGCCGCUGUAAUCAAGGAUUCACACUCGAUGAAAAUGGGAUCAAGUGUCUAGACAUUGAUGAGUGCAAUAUAAUGCAUGGGGUCUGUGGAGAUGGUAAAUGCAUCAAUACACCAGGAAAUUUUGAAUGCGAAUGCAAAGAGGGAUAUGAAAGUUCAACACUCGUACAAGUUUGCACUGAUAUAAAUGAAUGUGAAAGAACUCCUGGUCUCUGCCGUGGUGGCACGUGUCGGAACACUCCUGGAAGUUUUUAUUGCCAGUGUCCUCCAGGACAUGAACUAUCUCCCGAUAAACUGUCGUGCAAAGAUAUUGAUGAAUGUUCACGUUCAAGUGGAAUCUGUUCUAAUGGCGUUUGCGAAAACAUGAUGGGAACUUACCAGUGCAUUUGCAAUGAUGGUUUCCAACAAGCUGACAUGAAAUCUCAUUGUGAAGAUGUAAAUGAAUGUGAAACAAACAACGGAGGCUGUGAUGACAUUUGCCAUAACACUGCAGGAAGCUUUGUGUGUUCAUGUAGGACGGGCUAUGCUCUACAACCAAAUGGUCAUAGUUGUAUUGACAUCAAUGAGUGUUCUGAAAAUCGCAGAAUUUGUAGCGGUGGUGAAUGUAUUAACACUCAAGGAAGUUUCACCUGCGUAUGCACCAAUGGCCUGAAACCAGGGAUCAAUAGCUCCCAGUGUAUCGAUAUCAACGAAUGUGAAGACAAAGAGAGGAAUGUAUGCAAUAACGGAGAAUGCCUCAAUACCAUUGGAUCCUAUAAGUGUCAGUGUGAAACAGGAUAUUCUGUGAAACCUAUCGGGAGCCCAACUUGUACCGAUGAGGAUGAAUGUAAGCUGGGAAUCCAUAACUGUGAUAUAAACGCCGACUGUGUGAAUAAUCCAGGUUCAUACAGUUGUCGAUGCCAUGACGGCUUCACAGGAAAUGGCUAUUUGUGCCAAGAUGUCAAUGAAUGUUUGUCAAAUAAUGGUGGCUGCGAUCAAAAUGCCCAAUGUAUCAAUACUGAUGGUUCCUUUCAAUGUGUCUGUGAUCAAGGUUUUCAAGGAAAUGGUACUUCUUGCUCUGAUUUGGACGAAUGCACGGAAAAUGCAAGUUUGUGCGAAAAUGGUCAUUGUCUCAACUACCCUGGAUCGUUUAAUUGCGAGUGUGAGAUGGGAUUUAUGCACCCAGAUGACAAAAAUGAGCACAUGUGUGUCGAUAUAAAUGAAUGUGAAAUGUUCAAUAAUUUAUGUGUUUAUGGACGCUGCAUCAAUGUCUUUGGUAUGUUCAGAUGUGAAUGUGAUGAAGGAUUCCAAUUAGACAGCUCUGGAGGCAACUGUACCGAUAUCAACGAAUGUGAAAGUCCUCAGGCUUGCCUUUAUGGAACUUGCACCAACACAAUUGGAUCAUUCAAGUGUAGCUGUCCGCCAAACUAUCAGCUUGUUUCCUCCGGAAAUGCAUGUGUUGAUAAGCGAGAAUCUCGUUGUUAUUUAAAUUAUGAGGGUCAUGAUGGACAGAAUAUAUGUUCCCAAGAACUCGGAAGUCCUGUCACAAAAUCAACUUGUUGCUGUUCCAUUGGUCGGGCCUGGGGUAGCAAAUGUGAACUAUGCCCUGCACCAGGCUCUGAAGAACAUUCGAAACUCUGCCCUGGCGGCUCAGGCUACAAACCAAAUGUCCACUCAGUCAUUCUGGAAGACAUCAAUGAAUGUGAAGAGCACCAUAAUUUAUGCGAAAAUGGACAUUGCACGAAUACUUUCGGCAGUUACAUGUGUUCUUGUAAAGAUGGUUUUAAACUGGACGAAGGGAACACAGUCUGCACAGAUAUCGAUGAAUGUUCAACAAUCCCAGACAUUUGCGGAGCAGGUGAUUGCUUUAAUGAAGAAGGAUCAUACCAUUGCGCUUGUCCAGAUGGAUUUGUGCUCCUACCAAAUGGGAAGGAGUGUGUGGAUAUGCGGAAAGAUCAGUGUUAUUUGAAUUAUUCCGACGAACAGUGUUCACUGCCAAUGUCCAAUCCGCAAACUCGAAUGCUCUGUUGUUGUUCAAUGGGGCUUGCCUGGGGGAAACCAUGUCUACCUUGUCCUGCGGCAAACUCAAGAGAAUAUUUGUUACUUUGUGGGGCACGUCCUGGCCAAAUCGUCAACCCAAUGACAAAUAUUACAGAGGAAAUUGAUGAGUGUUCAUUAAUGCCUCAGAUGUGUAAUAAUGGAAUUUGCAUUAAUACUCCUGGAAGUUUUUAUUGCCAAUGUAAUCGUGGUUUUGUAUAUGAUGACGACUCACAUCAAUGUAUUGAUGAAAAUGAGUGUCUCCAUAGUCCAUCUCCUUGCAAAGGUAACUCUCAAUGUGUCAACUCGCCUGGAAGUUACGAGUGCACUUGCUCAGAAGGAUACACGCUAGGAGUAACACUGAGAGAAUGCACUGAUAUUGAUGAAUGUAAUGAAAAACCCGGCAUCUGCAGAAAUGGCGAUUGCAAAAACUUUGAGGGAAGCUUUCAAUGCAUCUGUCAUAACGGCUUUACACUCACUGAAAAUCGAGAGUCUUGCGAAGACAUAGAUGAGUGUCAACGACACAUUAACAUUUGUAACAAUGGAACAUGUUACAAUACUGUAGGAUCUUUCAUGUGUCAUUGUUAUCCUGGUUUUAAACUCAGUCAUAAUAAUGAUUGUAUUGAUGUUGAUGAGUGUCGGAUGAUGCCAUAUUUGUGCCGUAAUGGACGUUGUAGGAAUACUGUUGGAUCAUUUAACUGUGACUGUGCAGAUGGGUAUGCAUUAUCGCCAGACAGGCAGAACUGCAGAGAUAUUGAUGAGUGUCUCGAGGUUAAUGGAACCUGCCCUAACCCAGGGCGCUGUCAAAAUUUGAUGGGGUCUUUCAUAUGCACCUGUCCUCCGGGCUAUAGAUUGGCUGCUGAUAAAAAAAGUUGUCUUGAUAUCGAUGAAUGCAUUGAAAAUGAGAAAAUAUGUGAAGGAGGAACCUGCACUAAUACAGCUGGUGGUGUCAUUUGUGACUGCCCGCCUGGUUUUGUUUUGAGUCAUAAUGGGAUGAAAUGUAUCGAUAUGCGCCAAGAUUACUGUUAUGAUCAAUACUUAUUCAAAGGAGAAUGUUCUGCAGUAAGAGCUCAUCCUCUUACCAUGAAAGAAUGUUGUUGCUCCAUGGGUGCAGCAUGGGGUCAGUACUGUCAACGUUGCCCUCGCCAAGAAACAGUUGAUUUCCAGAAGUUGUGUCCAGAGGGUGCUGGUCGUGGUGAUUGGGGUGAAGAUUUGAAUGAAUGUACUUUAAUGCCAAACGUGUGUGAAGGAGGCGACUGCGUGAACACAGAUGGAUCCUUCCGCUGUGAAUGCCCAACAGGUUAUGUCCUUGAUUCUACGGGCAAGAAGUGUGUAGAUGAAAAUGAGUGCAGCUCUAAUAUUAAUCUGUGUGGCAAUGGGACUUGCGCUAAUCUCAUAGGUGGUUUUGAGUGUUCUUGCAGCGAUGGUUACACUUCAGGGCCACUCCAAGUUUGCGAGGAUGUUAAUGAAUGUAUAGAAAUGUCAAACCAUUGCGCGUUCCGCUGUCACAAUGUUCCUGGUUCUUAUCGUUGUAUAUGCCCUUAUGGAUACACUCUGGCCCCUGAUGGAAGACAUUGUCAAGAUGUUGAUGAAUGCGUGACACCAGCAAACAACUGCAAGUACCAGUGCAAGAACCUGAUUGGUUCAUUCAUCUGUAUUUGCCCUGAAGGUUUUGCGCCAGCCAGCACUCCUAAUGACUGCGUUGAUGUUGACGAAUGUGCCAAUGACCCUAAUCUGUGCAAACAUGGCACGUGUGUUAAUUUAUUGGGCAACUACCGCUGUGACUGUUUUGAUGGCUAUAAAUCAAGUGUGGACAACAAACAUUGUUUAGACGAUCGGAAAUCAUACUGUUAUGAACAUGUAACCAACGGGAAGUGUCUCUUGCACAAUCACACUGGGUUAGAAGUUACCCGCGCUCAGUGUUGUUGCACAAUGGGAGUUGCUUGGGGCUCUCAAUGUCUUCCUUGCCCUGCUCGUAAUUCCGAAGAAUUUCAUUCACUUUGCCCUCAGCAAUCUGGUUAUGCUUUCGAUGGAUUAGAUAUAAAUGAGUGCCAGACUAUGCCAGAGCUAUGUCGCAAUGGCCGUUGUAUCAACACUUUGGGAUCAUAUCGAUGUAUCUGUAAUAAAGGUUUCAGACCUGAUCAUGGAGGAACCCAUUGUAGAGACGUGAAUGAGUGUGAUUCUCGUCCUAGCCCUUGCGAUAUGGGUUGUGAGAAUACAAUUGGAAGCUACAUCUGUUCAUGCCCACCUGGAUUGACGCUAAGCCAUGACAAUAGGACCUGUGUUGACAUUGACGAAUGUGCAACCGGAGAGCAUAUUUGCUAUCAAAAGUGCACCAACACCCACGGAUCUUAUCAGUGCUCUUGCUUACCUGGCUACAAGCAAGUCGGCGACCACUGUAUUGAUAUUGAUGAGUGCGCCAACCACAGCGCAAUUUGUCCUCCACCAGGGAAUUGCAUCAACACCCUUGGAAGUUAUAGGUGCCUAUGUCCUCUAGGCUACAAACUAGAUUCUAGUGGGACGUACUGUACAGAUAUUGAUGAAUGCUCUGAUGACAAUAAGUGUCAGAAUAGUUGUCAGAACUUAAUGGGAAAAUACAAGUGCGGAUGUGCAGAGGGAUUUAUCCAGCAUGCAUACCUCAAUCAGUGUCUUGAUGAGAACGAGUGUGCUCAAAAUCCUUGUGGAAAUCAAACCCGAUGUAUCAACACUGUGGGUAGCUAUAGGUGUGACUGUCCACCUGGCUUCCAAUUUGAUGAAGGAUCUUUACUCUGUUUACAGCUCAGUAAAAAUUGCCUCGAUAGUCCUUGUGAAUUUGGUUGCAACGCGAUAGGCAGCAGUGGAUUUAGCUGUGGGUGUCCUUCAGGAUAUUAUCGUAUUGGCGAGGGUCAUUGCCUAUUGACCAUUAGCCCAUUUGGUAGCAACAUUCCAAUGUAUCCAAUCAAACCUGAAGACGACACCAAUGACCGGAAAAUAAUUUCCACCGAGGGAUGCUUCUCUUGCAAGAUAAAUGGACGACAUAGAAGGAUGACAAAUGGUACCCAAAGCUCAAAUCAUAACAGGCAUAAGAAGAAAAAUCGUGACAAGUUAAAGUUAAAACGGAAUAAAGAAAAUAGCAGAAAUACCACCUCUCACUCUGAAAAUGAUCAGAUUCAUGUCAUGAACAGAAGGAAAAGGCAAGAGGUUGCAGUUGAAACUUUUGAAACCCUCCAUAUUAACCUCGCACAGACCAAACAUCGAACACAUGUCAUUAAAUUACGGCCAGCUAUUAAGAAUGACUUUCACUACGAAAUUGUAGAUGGCAACGAAGAGGGUAUUCUCAAACUGCAUAAGAAACAUGGUGUUUGGACCCUUCAUUUCAAGCAUCGCCUGAAAGAACCUGCCACGUUUUUGAUAACCAUCAAGGGGGAACCAAAUAGACCAUUGAAAGUAUCAUGGGAAAAACCCUUGAUUUUAAAAAUUAAGAUUAUUGUCGUACCCUAAUUAUUUUUUGUUUUGUUGUCUGAUGAUACUCCUUGACUUACCAUUUUUUCUUGUAUAUAUUGUUUCAUACAUUUUUAAGCUUUGUUCAUAAUUUGUAAUUUGUCCCCUUGUCCUUUUGAUCAGAAUCUGUGAAAUUCAUUUUUGUAUCUCAAUUGAUCCUCUCUCUGUGCAAGUGAUAAAUUAGUGUCAAGUGCGUUGCAAUUAAAUCAAUGGAAAAAUUAAUAAACUAGCCAAAAAGUUGUA